GAGAGACGAGCAGAGAGAGACGCGGGGAGACCGAGAGAGGCGGGGAGCGAAGGAGAGACGGUGGAAGAGACGGGGAGACGGGGCCGGGGAGCCGGGAGAGUCGAAAGAGUCGCGCCGCGGAGCGAGGCUCUGCGGAGUCCGAGGAGCAGGGUCGGAUGUCAGGCGAGUGUCGUGAGGAUGCGGACGAAGCCGAGCCACCUUUACCUCUACCUGCCUGCGGUGUCGUGUCUACUCGUGGUGAUGGGGCUGCCCCCGGCACUGCCCCUCCCUGCCCCUUGUGCCCAGCACGAGUACCGGGACCACCAUGGGACCUGCGCCACCUGCCCACGCUGCCCCCCCGGGCAGGAGCUUGACCAGGAGUGCGGCGCGGGACGCGGAGGGCCGGGCCUCGCCUGCCGGCCAUGCCCCCAGGGCACUUUCUCGGCGGCGGCGGCGGCGGAGGGCACGGCACCGUGCGUGCCCCACGUGGCCUGCGCAGGACGCCUCUCGCGGAGCGAGCGCAAGCGCGGGUCCGCGGUGGCCGACAGCGAGUGCGGCCCGUGCCUACCCGGGUUCUUCAGUCCUGGGGAGGCAGGAGACACGAGCCCCACAGUCCCGUGCUCACCCUGCAGCGCCGCCCCCACCGGAACGGCUGCGUGUAACGGAGGGACCACGACAUCACCAACAAUAAUCACUGCCCCAUCGACAGAGACGGUCGCACGGACGGGGGCUCGCGGGGGGAUGCGGCCAGGGCUCCAGGACGACCCCGAGGAGGCACCACGCAAGGCCAGUGGGGAACGGCAACAGCAGACUCAUGGUGAUGAUCGUCAUCAUCAUGACCAUCAUCAUGACCAGCAGCAGCAGCAGCAAGAGGAAGAUGACACGACCGGCGGGUCAGCCAGCACAGUGGGCACCGAGUCCCCGGCCCCACGGGCCCCGGGCCCCGACGUCCGCGCGGCCACGGCGACCCCGCGGGCCUUCCCGACCCCCGAGACGUCGGGGAGCGUCGCGGUGGUGGAGGGGAGCCCGCGACCCCUGCCGGACUUCGGCUUCUUCGUGCUGGUGCCGGUGUUUGGGCUCACGGGGCUGCUCGGGGUCCUCGUGUGCCACACGCUCAAGGCGCGCAGGGCCCGCGGCGCCACGGAGAGCGUAGGCGGCGGUGGAGGCGGAGGAGGAGGCGGAGGUGGCUCGGGGCUCGCGGGCGCCGACUGUAAGGAAGGUGCGAGCUUGCUUCUGCCGACUGCCCAGUACUACGCGGGGAACGAGGACACGAUUGGGCAGCUGGUGAAAUACUUUCUGCACAAGAACGGAAACGUGGAGGCUCUGCAAGCCUUGGCCAUGGAAAGUGGGCGACUGGAGACUACGGACAGCAUGGCGAGCGGCUUCUGCUCACCGGCCGAGACUCCGCAGCACUGCCAGCUGCCCCGCGUGCACUCUCCCCCUCCGCAUCAUCACCACCAGCAGCAGCAGCAGCAGCGGGCGCCUCCCCCGGGCUGGCUGCAGGCGCCAGCCCCGGGGUGGCUGCACGCCCACACGGUGCACGCCUCCCACUCGCGCUGCGCCUGCACGCGCUGCCGCCACGCGCUCUGGGCCGAGCUGCCCUGGACCCCCUGCCCCCCAAUCGGUGGGGGCGCUCGCCCCGCGAGGGCGACGCCCAGCCGCCAGGGGCGCCCUGCAGACGCGGCGAGUCAGGCCAUCGGCAGGUUCCGCGUGAGCCAGAUCCCCGAGCAGAGGGAGUGGGGCAGCGCGGCCGAGGAGAAGAAUCUCCUGGAGAUGAGCGACAGUGACGGCGACGACUCGGCCAGCGGCCACAUGGCUCUCGACAAUCCCGGGGGGCCCGGGGCCCCCCAAUCCCACCACCCGCUCCCCCGGGCGCAGACCGACACUAAGCUUUGUUUGUUAGCGUGAGUUGUGGGGGGCUAGAGCCCCCCCCCCUUCCCCCAACCAACCACAACCCACGAAACUCGGCUAACUAUAACAACAGCCAAUUCCUAGCCGCAUGAAGUAUUAUCGUGGUGCAGGAGGGAAUCGCUGCUGUUACUGCGUCCGUCGCUACACCCCCACUGCCAGCCCCCCUCCCCCCACUGCCCCAGUAUAACAUUGGGCGAGCGUGUGCAUUAGACCUCUUGUUCAUCCGCAUCGGCUUUAAUAACAGAGGGCACAUUUCAGACUCGGGGACGAGUGGUUGGCGGUGCCCCCCGCGGUUGAGCCGGCUCCUCCGGUGCGGCGAGUCGAUGGCCCGGAGGCCGCCCGUCGGUGGGACGGCGCGGGUCGACGGCGGCACGCCGCACGACCACCGCGUGGCCGAGCGGAAGCUCUUCACAACGGUUCCUAUUCCUCCGCCGCCGUGUUUCUGCGGAGGGCACAACGGCAGCGAGCGUGAGUCUGUGCGCGAGCGAGCGAGCGAGUGGGAGCGUGAGAGCGUGCUCGGUGGUUAGCGCACUGCGCAAUGAACCCCGGCGGCCCGAGUUCAAUUCCCACUCGCGGCCAAUAACGGUGGCAGAUAAUUUUAACCUUCUCCUAGGUCGACACAGCUUUAACUGAGUAACCUGGUGCAGUGUGUAAACCUUAGUAUUGGGGAGACAAAGACGGCCGGGUGUGGUGCUGGCCACCCACUCAACCUCGUGUGCAGUGCCG